ACCAAUAAUGAAAACCAUUCGGAUCGAGUGAACAGGUUCAGUGGGUCUGCAUUGUGAUUGAAUCCGAGAAAAUUUAAAAAAAAAAAAAAAAAACCCAUCUAAAAAUUAAAGUUAAAAAACUUGGAUGAUAUUUUUAGCUAAUACAAAUAUAAAACAAUGGUCUUUCUCUUUUUCUGUAUCUUUUGUACUGAUUGGGUGCUUGCUUAUGUUCUAUUUCCUGACUAAUCUUAACAUGCUUUAAACCAGCAAUAGAAACAUGGAAUUCAUUAUCAGUGUCUAAGAAGUUCCUUCUCCUUUGUGUCUGAUACUUAACUGCUUGAAUUGAACUUAUCCACCGCAGGCUGCACCACAUCCAGCUGCGCAUGUGGAACCAUAAGCAACGGCAGUCGCAGACGCUUUUUCUUUGGAUGCACCAUCGGCGCAACUGAAAAUAAUGGUUCCAACGACAGAUAGGAUUACCAGUACUGCCCACAAUACCCCAAUUGCACUGCUUAAGCCUUCACCAUCGCCACCCCAAUUGCCUCCGGCAGCUUCUUUCCAUAGCCUCGCCAUCUACAGUUGCUGGAAGGCAAGUUGAGCAGGGAAACAUUAUGGGAAACGCACCAAGUUGCAGAAUUGAGGGGGGUGAAGAGAAAAACAGACGAAAUGGAAUGCAGAAAGUGUCCAAGUGAAGGAGUUGAGAGGCUGUCUUCUGAAUUCGGGCGAAAACAAGAUGUUCGUUCAAAAAGAACACGUUCAGCUGAAUUGCACACCAUAUCUGAGAGGAGGCGUAGGGACCGGAUCAAAGAAAAGAUGGGAGAGUUGCAGGCAUUGAUACCAAACUGUAACAAGUCAGACAAAGUUUCAAUACUGGACCAUGCUAUUGGAUAUCUCAAAGCCUUAAAGAAUCAGAUUGAAAUGAUGUCCAAGCGCGGAGGAACUUUAUGUCAAGCUCCAAUUAUGUCACCGCCAGAGAUGCAAAGUAUACGAUAUCCCUAUCAGUUUCCAGCCAUGAGGCCUGAUUUCGGGAGGGGAAUGAGCUUUGGAAUGGGAAGAUUGAGCACGUGUUAUUCAGCAGGUCUUCCUAUGAUUUCAUUCCCCUCAGCUAGUCUACACACUUUUCCAUCUGCCGCUACCGAACUGCAUAUUUCCAGACCUGGAAAUUUUCUGAUUCCUCAUGCACAAAUGCCACGCGCUCGUUCAGAAGUAUUACCUGACCCUGCUGCCCCAUCAAACAUGAUGUCUUAUGCAGGAUUCUCUCCUGCAUUCGAGAGUUCAAGUGGAGGAGAACCUAGUUGCCGGGAUAUAACGAGUCUUGCCUUUCAUCACCAACAUAUUCCAACGCUAAGUCAGGAUAACAGUCAGGAUUUUCAAAUGUAGCAGAGUCGGUGUCACAAUAUGUUAAUCCUUGCUCAAGAUAAUAUGUAGGUCUUGGAUCGGAAAACUUUUUUUGUGGAUUAAUGCCUAGUUUGUUUCUUUCGUGGAUUUAGAGAUGGAGAUGGAAAUGGAAAGAGGAUGCCAAGAAAACUUCUUUUUUUUUUUUUGUAUAGAUUAACCAGUUUCCAGAACUGCUUUCUUGAAGUUACUUUUGCCAUGUAUUGCUCUCUACUUUCAAAUUAAGAUUACAAUGAUUUUGAUUUCUUGGUGCGCAACGGGAAAUAAAUUCCUAGAAAAGCU